AUGUACUCAGCGCCCGCAGUCGGCCGCUCCCUGAGGAGACAAGUGCCGCUUUGCAGAAUUCGGGAAGGAGGAGGAGGACGGUUCACCGGGCCGCGGACGGGCUGCCGCACCUCUCACUCCCUCAUGAUGGUAUCCCGGAAGCAGCUUCGGCGCUGGAAGGAAACCGGCCUCGACCAUGACUGCUUCCCUGUUAGGGACGUGACACAACGGUGUGUAGAUGAAUACAGAAAAACAGAAUAUUAUGCUGCUGUAAAAAUUCAGAGUUGGUUUCGAGGGUGCAAAGUCCGGGCAUACAUCAGGUAUCUAAACAAGAUGAUGGUAUUUAUUCAGAAAUGGUGGCGGGGUUGUCAAGGGCGGAAAAAAUUCAGAAAAAUGCUGGAGACAGCAUAUUUUAUUAUGAAGAUGAAUUUCUACAAUGAAAUGGCUGUCAGGAUUCAAAGAAGAUGGCGAGGCUAUUACGUCCGAAAAUAUAUCCAUAAUUAUUAUGCGCUAAAGAAGUACUUGGAAAUUGUUGCAUUGAAUAAUGAGAUGGUCAGGAAAGAACUAGAAGAGUUUGCAGAGAUGAAGGAGAAAGAAGAGGUGAAAAAAGCUCUUGAAAGGGAAAAAAAGAAAAAGGAUUACCUAGCUCGAAAGAUGCAUUACCUCCUUAGCACUCAGCAGAUUGCAGGCAUAUAUAAUUCACCCUAUCGAAAGUCACCUGAUCCAUGGGAAAUGCAGUUAAAGAAAGCUAAACCUUUGAGUCACAAAAAGAAGAUUGAGAAAAAUGCUAUGGAUUUUCCAUGGCCAACUUACGCUGAUUCCUAUAGUUUACAAACAAUGUCAACUCUUCCUCCAAUUCGAAGACAAAAACCACAGGGACCCUUCCGUGAAACUGUUGACGUACUGCAGCAACGGUUCAAACCCUUGGAACCAUCUGUGCGGGUGGCACCCUCAAGUAUUUCACUUCAACUUGCCCAAGAAAAACAAAAACAAGAAGAAUGGCGAAAUCGUAUACAGGAUGAAACGUUUAUGCCAUUUUCAUACAAUGUGCCAGAUAAAUAUAUUCCAUCCAUUCAGAGAGCAAGCAAAUAUGGUCAGUCAAAUUAUGGACUCAAGUAUUUCCGGGAAGAACACCCAGAGAAAUGGAUAACAAAGAAGGAUUUCUUAACCGUGUUACCAUCAAUUCCUCUGUUUGGAAAGUUUGGUCAAGCCUAUUCCAGAGCUGGGCAAUUCGUUUAAACAUUACUUCUCCAACCAGUUUUGUAAGAAAUUUUAAAAGCUAACUCUUUUAAGGCCAAAAAUGGUGCCUAUGCUUACUGUACCACGCAGUCUUGUUGAAGAUUUUUAUACUGACAUCAUUAGUAUAAUCGAGUUGUGGAAGUUUUGAACUGAAAGAAGGUUUCCAUAGCAAUUGAUCAACUGCUGUCGCCAUUUCUAUGAAGAAUAUCUGAAAACAAUUUCAGGAACAGGUUUCCAUCUUUCCUUUCAACAAUCAGAAACUCCAAAUAGUAAUGACAUCUAAAAUGAAUGCUAUUUGACAACAAUUUGAAGAAUCAGGGGCAUUUUCUUAAUCAGAUAAUCUCUGCUGUUUUUACAGUUAUUUCAGAAAUAUAGCCUCUUUCUUCUAUUGAAGAAUAAAUAAACAUAACAUAAUAAAUUAAUAAUGUGAUGUCAUCCAUAUGAAAUUGUUAAAAUGUUAAUAUAAUGUACCCUUUCCUACAUUAGUAUCUUCCCAAAGUCUUGAAAAAUCAACGCCCAGAAUUCAUUUUCAGGUGACUGGUAAUAUGCUGUGUGGGUAUCCUGGAGCCUUAGCUCCAACACAUUCAGAAGUAUUGUAUUGGUGAUAGCAAAUAGAGUGUAACACUUACUGUCUAAAAUUCAAGCCAAAUAUGGCUUUUCCCAGGAUCAUGCUACAGUUGCAGGGCGUGGCUACGUGGUCCUGGGAGAAGACACCUCUGCUUUAAAGAGUUGUUCGCAAUUCCUUUGUGAGUACCUCCAUGCUCGCCAAAGCAGUGCAUAACCACAGGGCUCUGUGAGAUAAAGCAUAUAUUACUUCCCAAUCCUAACUAUACUUUCUUAUAACUGGAUCAAUUUAUUUUUACUAUAUGUGCCACCUCUGCCUUAGGAAAUAAUCAUGUCAUUCAUUUGACUUUUAAGUUUCACAUUCUUUAUGUUACUCCAGGUGUUUUGUUUUCUUUUUCUUUUCCUUUCUCUUUUAUCCCCUGACUUAGUGGAUCCUUCUCUUUUGUAUCACUGUUAUGGAGGGCACUGAAGGAUUAUAAAACCAUUAACGAAUCACUGCAGAAUUUUCCUGCUUCAUUGGUCUGCUUCUUAGAUAGUCAUUGUUCACAGAAUUUGGUUGAUGAGCCCUCCAAAAGUUCUCUGUACAUAAAAAGUGGCUCAACGCUACAGUAGGUUCGGCCAUAUCAUUUUACAUCCUGUUUCAUAAUAUCUGAUGGUAUCAGAUACAAAGAACAAAGCGCCCAGCUCUUGGGCAGGGGCAAAGCAUAGAUCAUUUGUAAAGAUGACAACAAUACAAAUCAAAGCUGACAGAAAUUUUAAAGCAUAUUUGGAUGCCUCUUUGUGUUUGUGAGUAAGGCAGGUUAUCAAAAUCAAAGUUUUGGAAGUUUUGUAUUUAUGACCAGCAGCAGGAAAUGAAUGUCUUUUAAUUCUGGUAAGUGAAAAAUGGCAACUCAAGACAAGUCCCUCCUUCAAAGAUUUAAUUUCACCAAAUAAAUCUGAGUGCUUUUGUUCUGGGAGGGGAGCAGGGGCUGGUCAGAAGGCAUUCAUAGAAAGGUGUUGAUGAAUAGGGAGACCACAGUAAUUUUUAGAUGUGAGGGCUAUCUCUUUGAUUGCUGCAGCUUUCUGGUAGUUUAUCUCUUCGUGAUAAUUCACCCUGUGUUGUUACUUACCUUUCUACUACAUUUUCCCAUCAGUCCAAUUAGAUCUGCCAAUACUUUCUCAGAUUAAUCUUCUUCCUUGGGUUUCUUUUAAAUAUAUUUGACCCCAUUAUAAACAUAACCUAUGCCAAGCAAACCAGUUGUUGUUUCAGUUGCUGAUAGCAUUCUGCAUAUAUACAGGGUUUUGUUUUUUGUU